GAGAUUUGCCAAUGAGUGCCCAUCUGUCGUCAAUCACAUUCCCUUCCGGGCCGACCUUUUCGGCCAGCCCUCGGAGGAUGUCGAUGAAGGAGAGGUUGCUUUUCAGGGUUUCUGGAUCGCGCAUGCGCCAUGUGGAAGCUGUGGGCCUGGUCCACCUGCCGACCCGAGAUCUGAUCCACCGCAGCGGGAAACCUCGCAUCGCCCACACGCACAGUGCCAGACGGGAGAAUCGGAGCCAGGCAAGAAAGCAUCAGCUGUCGUCAAAGCAGGGCGCUUCUUAGUCUGGUCGUGCGCUCGCCUUCACAGCCGUAACAUACGUACUCCUUACCUUUACUCCCUCCCCCACGGAGCGGCGAAUGGCAGCUGACAUGGACGCGGCUCAGGUCCAGGACCUGGCGCGUCACGCGACCACCAAAACGCCAUUCCCAGUUCCGGUGCCACGACGGCGGCCUACAGUCCGAGAAGCUAUCGCCAGGUCUUUAAUCUGGGUUUCCUUGUGGUCCAUCUUUUAUUACUCCACCAUCCCGUUUAUCCGCUCUCACCUCCCAUUCCAUCACGCCCAUGACCAUGAGCGCGACCAUGGCUCUAUCACCUCGCCAUGCCAAACUCCCGCUCUCACAUACCCCGGCGAGCGCAUCGCCUGGACCCCUUGUGGUGACCUCGCCAAUCGCACCCUCGAGUGCGCCAACCUGACGGUGCCCAUGGACCACUUCAUCGCCACCAACAACCUCCCCGACGACAAGUUCUUCACCAUCCCCUUGAUCCGGUUGCGCAGUCCAAACGCCACUCAGACCACCCGCAACCUGCUCCUCAACCCAGGCGGCCCAGGCGCAUCAGGAACGGAGCUCGUCUAUCGCCGAGGCGCCCAGGUAGCAGCCAUUGUCGGCGACGGUUUCCACCUCGUCGGCUUCGACCCCCGCGGCGUCAACCAAUCCACCCCGCUAGCAACCUGCUACCCCACCGUCGAAGCCCGCCGGGAGCUGUCGACCGUGCGCGACAAGAAGCUGGUCGAGGACAGCGGCGAGCUGUGGGCGUGGACGGCCAACUUUGUGCGGGCCUGCGCCGACACCAUGGGCGAGCACGGCAAGUACGUCAACACGCCGCAGACGGCGGCCGACAUGAACUUGAUCCUCGACGCCCUGGGCCAGGAGGGCAUGUACUACUGGGGUUUUAGUUAUGGCACGCUGCUGGGGCAGACGUACGCGACCAUGUUCCCUGAGCGGGCGGAGAGGGUCAUCAUUGAUGGCGUGGCCAACCAAUUCGAUUGGUACGAGGCCCUGUUGGACGGCGAGAUGAUGACGGAUACGGACCGCGUGUUUGAAGGGUUUAUCGAGGAGUGCGUCAAGGCUGGGGAGGAAGACUGCGCGUUGGCGGGGCUGGCCGAGACGAAGGAGGAGCUGUGGCAGAAGGUGGUGGAGGGAUUGGGAAAGCUGAAAGACGAUCCGAUCCCGGUCUAUGUCAAUAACACCGUGUAUGGUGUGUUGGACUACUGGACCGUCUGGAAUAACGGGGUGUUUCCGGCCCUGUAUAAGCCGGCGAAUUGGCGGGACCUCGCGAGCAACCUGGCCGCCCUGCUCCGUGGCAACGGCACUGCUGCCUUUUUGGACUACCAGGAUAAGGCCUGGGAAAGCGUUGGGGACGCGCUCGAGUUUAUCGCUCUCAACGAUGGCACUUCUGGGCCAGCCUACUGGUCCGUGGAUCGACGGGGGCUGGUGGACCUUCUUCAACCCUACUUCAACCAGUCCAUGUUUGCCGAAACCGAGUUGGAUUUUUACUUUCCCAAGUCGGCCUGGUCCAUUCCACGCACACACAACUACAUUCCCAAGCGGAAUGUUACCACAGCGCACCCGCUGUUGCUGCUCUCGACAACUUAUGACCCAGUUUGCCCGCUGAUAUCAGCACGGUCGGCGAGCGACGCGUUUGAGGGUUCUCGCAUUGUCGAGGUGAAAGGGUACGGCCACUGCUCACCUGCUAUACCAUCCUUGUGCGUGGCGCGCCAUGUGCGCAACUAUUUAUACGAGGGGAAACUGCCAGAUUCCCAUGUGCAGUGCGAUCCGGAUGGGAAGCCGUACUUCUCUAAGCCAGAUGAUACACUGGCUUUCAUGGACACUUUGGUUCUUGGGAACGAGGAGCGGCGUAUCGUUAUUGCGCAGCAAGAACUCGCCAGAGACUCGUGGCCGAUGGCAUGGAGAAGAUAGUAAACUUGGCAUUUGCAAUUAUGUUGCUUACCUGUAGUCAAUCUAUCUCUUUACCAUGCUUGUACAUGACCACACCUCCAGAAUCCGGGCGCCUUCGAGGUAACUUGGUACCCAGCUGCUUAAGUCAAUGCGUGGCCACUCAGGUUGCGAGGAAGAUUGUUCGGUUAAGGAAACCGGAGAAUGAACAUACCUGCUAACGUAG